AUGAAGUAUAUCGUUUUAAUUAGUUUUAUUUUUAUUUUUUCAUUAAAAGCAGAAUAUAAUGCGCAAAUUCCCUGCAAGACUGAUGAUACUUGUAAAAACAUUAUUAAAGCAGAAAUGCUGAAAUGUAUUAAUUCAAUGUGUAUGUGUGGAAAUAUUACUACUAAAUCGUAUCAAUCAUGUUCACAUAAAGAUAUCAUUGUAAAUACAAAACAAAAAGACAAUUUUAUCGCAGGUGUUGGAAAGGUUUGUUUCCAAGAUGAAGACUGCGAGGAUAUUGAAGGUGCGACAUGCCAGGAGGCUCGCAUGAAUCAUACAUCAAAAAGAAUUUGCGACUGCCCACCACACAUGAUAAUUAAUGUUGAUAAGCGGAAAUGCCUAACUAUUGCAAAUCUACCAAGGGAUAGUUGUACCGAAUCUAUUCAAUGUAUUGCAGGACUUAAUAACUCCGAGUGCACAAAUGGCAAAUGCCACUGUCGUAUGAAUUUUCAUUUUGAUUUGACAAAUAAACGUUGCAUUCCUAAUAAAGUAUAUGGAGAUCCUUGUACGAAAGAAGAAGAUAGUUGUUAUCAAUUGGAUAUUCCAGACAGAACAAAUAGCUUAAUAUGUUCGGAUGAAAAUGUAUGUAAAUGUCUGAAAAAGUACAUUUAUUUUGCUGGCCUCUGUCUGUAUUCAAAUGCAUCUCGAAUAGUUUUUCAAACAUCUUUUGUAAUGAUAAUGAUUUUAUUUAUCAUUAGGAUGUUUUAAAAUUAAGA